AUGCGUCUAAUAACUGCUUUAGUUUUAUGCUUUACUGCUGCCACUGCUGCUCCAAGUUCAAACAUAGCCCCAAGAAUACUAGGUGGUAGAAAUAUUCCCAACAUUCAACAAUGGCCCCAGUUGGCCAAUGUCCUGUUCACUUGGGAUUCAACUACGUUUUCACAAUACUGUUCCGGAACUGUAUUAACCCAGCAAACUGUUCUAACUGCUGCUCAUUGUAUCAGUUUUCACCCAGCUAACCGGUUCCGUAUCCGUGUUGCUUCUGUGUUAGCAAGUAGUGGUGGAACUUCUAUUAACGUUGCGGAACUCAUUCCUCACCCCUUCUACAAUUCACAUACCGAAGACAACGAUUUUGGAUUAAUACGCAGUGCAACCUUAAUAAAUUUUACUAAUCAAAUCCAACCUGCGUCUAUUGCUGACACUAAUUACAGACUAGAUGAUAACGAAAUUGUUAGUGCUCUUGGAUGGGGAGCGGCCAGAUUUGGUGGUCCUCGUUCUGAACAACUUCGUGAAGUACAACUUUUCGUUAUCAACCAGGAUAUUGGUAGUAGUUUAGCAAAGAAUUUAUAA